AUGUGGGAGGUGGCAACUGGAGAAGUUCCGUUUAAUUACAUUGAACAUAAUCAUGAUUUAGCCUUAGCAAUUAUUAGCGGUAUACGCCCAAAGAUUCACCAAAAUAUCCCUGCGGAAUAUGUUCGGAUAAUGAAACAAUGUUGGGACGCUAAUUCUGAAAAUAGACCAGAUGCAGAUACGAUUAG